UCCAACCUAGGCCGUGGCCGACUGCUGAGCCUUCAAGUCAGUGGAGAAGACCUCCUAGUGCGUAUCACGCCUUCCUUUUUCCCGUCUCCUCCGCCAGAUGAUCCUAUCUGAGCGCCUUCAUCGGCCGACAUGUGACCCAGUCAGGCGAAUCGAUCGUCGUCGCUGUCGUGUCCCCGCAUCGCUUUCAACUAGACGGGCUAUAAAACGGCAUUGCUGGAUGUGACUGAGACUAAUAACCGUCUGGAAUUUCCAGGAAGUCUAUAAAUUAUUAUCUCCCCUCGAAAGAUAUCACUUCUCUUCGCCUAUCCGACCUCCGAAAUCAAAAAGCACCUACCAGAACCGCAAAGAUGGCCAAAUCCGCCAGGCGAGGCCCCAAGGUCAAGGCCUCAGCUACGACCUCCGCGGCCUCCUCAGGCGCUUCCACUCCCAGCUUGGGCCCUCUUCCGCCGUUCGUCAGAGCCCCUGAAGCUCUCAAGCCUCUCCUCGAACCUCUCUCCCCGCAGGAAGUCUACCUCAUCCACAUCGACACCUCCCCCGUGGAGAUCAAACAGCAAUCAUUCAUCGUGCCAUGCGUGAUAAACGCCAUAGUUGUCGCACUCCUCGCCUUCCGUGUCUACAUGGUCCGCAACAUCUACCCCGCCAUGAUAGCAACAAUGAUCGGGAUCAACAACUCCAUGACAGUGGACACAUCGACAAUGUCAUGGGGCGAGAUAGCCGAUGUGGCUCUCCGUCGCGUGGGAAACGUCUUGUUCGACUACUUUCUUGUAACUGUGUUCCUUUCCUGGCCCAUUCGGUUCCUAUUCGGCGCCGUACGAUGGCGCCGCAACGUCGGCUUCCGGGGUUACGAGAUCAUUGUCCGGAAGAGCCAGCCUGACAUGACUAAGGGUCUGAAACGUGAUCGCUGGAUUCGGGAAGACGGGGAAACGCGGGACAAGAUCGUUGCGGCGGUGACCCCGGAGCGGAUCAUGAAGACCGGUUACCUGCUUGUGGAUGCAGACUUCGACCUCGAUUAUGACGCCAUGAUCAAGGCCCAUGAGAUGGUCGACAACCCUCAGAAGGAUGCGAAGGUCUCAUUGGAUGAGUUCCGUACGGCGGUUGUGGUGAACACCGAUGCCCAUGGGUGGUUGAUUUGGCAUGUCGGAGACGAAAACGAGAAGCCCGCUCCCAGUCCCAGCACCAGCAAUAUCCCGGAUGACCCAGCCCGAUCCGCUCAGAGGGAUCUAAUCCUGGAGUUCAAGGAAAAAUUGACGGCCAUGGGCAAGGAGGACCUUUUCUUCCGAUGGGUCGAGAUAGUCCAGUACGAGAGCACCCAGCCGGGCGGGUUCACCCCGGAAAGGCAACAGUCUGCCAUGCUACAAGUCAAACAACUCUUUGAAGAAAAUGGCGUCGACUUUUCGCAGUUCUGGGAGGAUGUCGGUGGCCUGGAUGAGUUCAUGGAGCAGCUUGAUUAGUUUCGUUCACAUAUCUACCUAAUACAUACAUUGUCUUUUUGAACUAUUUUCGGGGAUUUCAGGAUGCCAGGCAUUGUCGGUACUUUAUUGAACCAGAGCUGGAUGGCACAUUGCAUAUCAGUCUAUUUCAUCCAUAUAUAGUGCCAGUAGUCAAAGCGCUCAAUCAAUAAAAACAAACCACGUCUAACCC